GAGGAGGAGCAUUUGCCGUAAUUCCACAUAAGAAUGUUGGCAAAAUCGGUGAUUCCAUACCACUUUACCGUGCUCACACCGCCCCAGUCUUGGAUACAGAUUUUGCAAAUUUCAAUGAUUACGUUAUUGCUUCUUGCAGUGAAGAUACCAAAGUAAUGAUUUGGACUGUUCCGGAAGAGCUUGGUGAGCCCGAGUCUCCAGAUAUUGAACCAAUUGUUAAAUUGAAUGGUCACGGGCGAAAAGUUGGACAUGUUUUAUUUCACCCUGUUGCUGAUAAUGUUCUUGCAUCUUCAUCUGCCGACCUCACCAUAAAAUUAUGGGAUAUCGAAAAGGGUCAAGAAAAACAACAGCUUAGUGAUUUCUUGGAUUUCAUACAGUCGAUGUCCUGGAAUUAUAAUGGUAGUUUAUUGGCUACAACAUGUCGCGACAAGAAACUUAGGAUUUUUGAUGUUCGUUCCAAUAAGGUUGUUCAGGAAGCCGCGAGUCAUCAAGGUGUGAAGGGAUCGAGGGCUGUUUGGUUGGGUGACUCUGACCGUCUCGUGACAACCGGGUUCUCAAAGAUGAGCGACCGACAAGUAUUUCUAUGGAAUACGACCGAUUUGGAUAAACCAAUAAAAAAUAUAAUGUUGGAUACUUCAUCUGGUGUUAUUAUGCCGUUCUACGAUGAUGAUACCAAGAUACUGUAUUUGGCUGGAAAGGGGUAUGUAUUUUUCGGGAGGGGGGAAUUAGUUCAAGAUGGAAACAUUCGUUACUACGAAUUCGAAAAUGACGAGUUGCACUUCUUAUCCGAGUACAAAUCAUCCGAACCUCAACGUGGAAUGUCAUUUAUGCCUAAACGCGCUUUGAACGUUAGUGAAUGUGAGAUCUCCAGGGCUUAUAAAGUGUCUAGCAAUUCAGUUGAACCAAUUUCAUUUGUUGUUCCACGAAGGUCCGACGCUUUUCAAGCUGACUUGUUCCCCCCAACUUUGAGCGAUGUGCCUGCUUUAACUGCGGACGAAUUUUUUGGAGGAAAAAAUGCCAAACCAAAUACAAUAAGCCUGGAGAACGGAUUCCAAGCUAAAGAGAAGAAGGAAUUCGUGAGCAGCGCACCAAAAGAAGAAGAAAAGGAGGUCCAGUUACCAAAGACAGAGAAAGAU